AUGUACUACUCCGAGAGAUUCGAGGAAGACGAGAUAUGUCAAACCUUUGUAAAGGCUCAUCCAAGAGGACUCUUUCAAGCUAGUCUGUUUGAUUACACAGGCUGGUGAAAAGAGACAAACAACUAUCGUUGUUGCACUGUACUCUUAGUCCUUAAUAAUAGUGUCUCAAAUUUAUACCUCUGAAAUCAAAAUUAAGAAAAUGUACAUAUUCAAACAUAACCCUAACCCUAACCCUAACCAUAACGCUCCUCCCUCCCCCAUUCCUUUGCCCCUGGGUGCCUUCAACUCUCAUACUCACAACCGCCUCUUUGAAAAAAUUCCCGAUCCGCCUCUGCCGUGAUUCCUGAUAGUUUUAUCAUUUUUGGGUUUCAAAUAGAGUUUGUGUACAUAUUUUGAAGCAUAUAAGCGUGGCUAUAAGAUUACAUUUUAAACAUUUUUGCUGCUCAGAGCCUUUUUAUUGACUAAACUACUCCAACGGUUUCACCUUUGAAGCACGUUCCGAUGAGUUACUUGAAAUCUAUUUAAAAUCACUGCAUAACCAAAAAAGGGCAUGCUAUCAGUAUGAUUGAUAACUUUGUACUAUGCUUUCCUUAAGAGUCAUUGAAUACUCCGGCGAACAUUUUAUCGUUUUCCAUACAAUUAAACUUCAGAUUACGUUAAAGAAAUUCCGGUUCUUUACUUUGAACGGACACUUUGGCGACGGCUUAGUUCGUUCUCCGAUUGACAUCAAUCCUAUUUAUUUUUACUUUAAAGAACAUUCGGCAAACUUCUAGAACUUUUAUAAUUAAUUUUUUGUUAAAUCACUGCAUAACCAAAAAGGGGCAUGCUAUCAGUAUGAUUGAUAACUUUGUACUAUGCUUUCCCUAAGAGUCCUUGAAUACUACGGCGAACAUUUUAUCGUUUUCCAUACGACUAAACUUCAGAUUACGUUAAAGAAAUGCUGGUUCUUUACUUUGAACGGACAUUUUGGCGACGGCUUAGUUCGUUCUCUAUUGACAUCAAUCCUAUUUAUUUUUACUUUCAAGAACGUUCGGCAAACUUCUAGAACUUUUAUAAAUAAUUUUUUUUAAGAUCACUGCAUAACCAAAAAAGGGCAUGCAAUCAGUAUGAUUGAUAAGUACUAUGCUUUCUUUAAGAGUCCUUGAAUACUCCGGUGAAAAUUUUAUCGUUUUCCAUACAAUAAAACUUCACAUUACGUUAAAGAAAUGCCGGUUCUUUACUUUGAACAGACACUUUGGCGACGGCUUAGUUCGUUCUCUGUUGACAUCAAUCCUAUUCAUUUUCACUUUAAAGAACGUUCGGCAAACUUCUAGAACUUUUUUAAAAAUAGCCUAUUUAACAGUGAGGCUAUUAAGCACUUCCGUUAUCUACACUUGCGGUUUGUAGUUGGGUACAGAACACUUGUCCUAAAGACCCCCUAUCUUAAUAUAAUCACAGUAGGGAAUAGCUAUUUCUAUUUCGCCUAUUUUAGAACUUUUAGUCUACAAUGAGUUUAAGUUGCUUUUAUUUUGCAGAUUCAACCACAGCCCAGCAGGCGGCAUAUUUGCUAUUAUUUUCCAAACAGACUGGCACGAAGGUUAGAAUGCUUUCAUGAUAAUACGCCCAUUAAAAUAAUCGGCUAACAUGAGGAAAAAACAGACGCUGAAUUUUAGACUUCAUAUACUCCAACAGAAACCAUGAAUGAGCUAAUAAUUUAAGAAAACCUGUUAAGUUAGGUUACUGUUCAGUUAAGCGUUAAUCGCGGACUGACUGAAUUGCAAGAUACUUAUCAGAAUGGAAAACGUUCGAACACUGAAUUGCUUGUCAAGGCAUUUUCUGAUAAUACAGGUACACAAUCUAAAGAAAGUUGUAUCGUCCAAUAGGUUUUACAACACCAGAGCGAUCAGAAAUAAAGUCGGUGCUAAAUUUUUCUCCAAAAAAAUGCUAGUGUUAAAUAUGGAUCAAAGCUAGCGGUAAGGAAUGUUCCUAAUUAACUCAAAUGACCAACGAACAGUCACGAACAAACACUGAAGUAAUUAAGAAUACUUAUUACAGCAAAAUAACCUUAGUAACUCAGAUAUCUGGACUGAAAAAGAAAUUGAAUUGACACAAUCCCCUAAUGGUUGUCAUGGGCUUAAUUAUCUCUCAGUUGCAAAAUCGUGUGUAAUAAUCGGUGAAGUUAAAUAUAUUAAACACAGGCUCUACUGUUUAUUACACUGCUGAUAAUUGUGGUCAAAUUAUAACAAAAUCAGUCCGCAUUUAAAAUAUGAAUGAAAAACGUCAUGUUCUUUAAAUUACCUCACUAAAGGGACACGUAUCUCAGAUGCCGUGUUUCUGCGUCUACAUCAUUCAAGGCGAAAAUCGGCGAAAAUGUUGUCUUACUCUCUCUUUACCUACCUGCGUAUUAAGCAUUGCAAUAUGGGAAGGAGAUUCAAUUAACUAAUUUCCGCACACAAGGGCUUUCUGUUCGUGUUAAAUUAGCUUAAAGGCGAACAACUGAGAAUCGCUAAUAAGGUACUCUAAUCGCAAGCAUGAUCUGAUGUAGUUUUGGAACAUCCUUUCCCAAAACUUUGAGUGUGUGUAGCCGCUGAUCACCGAGUUGAUUUCAGGUUUUUCAGUCCACUUUGCUGGCGCUCUUUCUCCAACAGAAGACCAAAGCUCCAAAAAUGAGGAACGGACUCCACAGUGUGAUCAGAUUGGCUAUAAUUGUUCGUUAGUUUGCUCUCUUAGUUCAUGA